UUUGUUCUUUUAUCUCAGUACAAAUCUAAUAUGACCCACUCGGAUGAUUUUCGCCUCGGCUGUGUUAACAGAACUCUGCCCAAGAAUCGUCGACCACCGCGCACAUCACCUGUUCGACGAAACGCUCCCUCGGACAGCAUAUGUGUUCGACCGGUCUACAAGGGCGACGGGUCAGCCGCCAGCCGCCGCGAGGUUCGUGCUGAUCCGAGAGCUGCACCCGCUGGGCACGGAGAUGACACGGGCUCUGUCGACUGCCAACUGCCAUGCCGCCAUGGAGAUGACACACGGACGGACGAGUGGUCUGUGUGCCGACGGAUCAACGUAUGCUGAUCCAUGGACCAAGAUCAAGACACACAUGUUUGAAACCACAGCAUAGGAUGGUGAGCCCAAUUGAAGGGCUGCUGGAUAGGCAGAAUCCAAGAUGCAAAAGCACUCAUGGCCUGGUGUCCCUUGCACGCAGCUUCAGCGAAGCUGCCUAUCUGACAUAGAUGAAAUUGUUAUUGUCUGCUAACCAUGUUCAAAGUGUUAUUACCAAUUAAGAAUCAGUGGCAGCUAGAUGUCUUGAGACAACUACUUUAUACCAUACGCAACAAUCAGGAGUCCAUCCCAAAACUGAGAAGAUAUUCAGUAGCACUGGAUUUUUUUUAUUAUAUGCGCUCAUGGUAGAUGACACAUGAGAGGUGUCCGUCUGUCUGUCAGUUCUUGAUUGUGAUAAUUUUGAAAGGCAAUCUCAGGGAUUUUUUUUGUUCAAUCAUGGCCAGUGUGAAUUAAAAUAAUGUACUCAUUUUACUAAUAGAGAGGCGUCCAAUCAACGUUAGGUUGCUCCACGCAAGUUGGAAUCUUUCUUGUCUGUACAUGUGAAGUGACUUAACUAAUUUAUACAAUCAACGUUAGGUUGCCAAAUUGUCACUAAACCAAACGGUACGGUAUAAUUGUUUUUCUGACUUGUUGCCUUGUCUGUGCCCCCACACGCCUCUCCACACACACACACACACACACACACACACACACACACUGCUGCAUAACUCUUCUUGUGGCCUGGUCUCUGCCCCUUUGGCUAUAAAAGUAGACUUGGCCUCCCGCCCCUCUUUGCACGAGCACAACUCUGUUUUCCUAAUCCGCCUUCUGGCGUUAUAAGGGGUCGGGCUAUGCUGUAAAAAAAGUGAUCUUAGUGCUAUGGCAUGGAAUUGAAGAUCUGAUCUAGCUAGCCAGGUUUUGCAUUUGGGCGGGGGCAGCAAGCUAGAGGCGGCAACUGCAUAACUUGCGAUAAACUUGUUGGACCAUGGUGUGCUGAUGAUUUUACCGCAAGUUAUGCAGUUGCUGCCUCAAGCUUGCUGCCUCCCUUUGCCAAACCUGUAGGAAUAAGAUGAAGUUCAUCCGUAUAGGUAUAGAAACCUUCCAUAGCCAUGUAUCCUAUAUUUACCAUGAGAUGAAACAGAAGCAAUGAUGCAAGAAUGCAAUUUUCUCCCUCUAUUCUAAAUUGUAGACCAUUUUAGCUUUUUUAUAACAUAGCUUUUACUAUACAACUAGAUAUAAGAUAUGUCUAGAUAUAUAAUAAAUGUUAUGUAUUUAAAAAAGCCAAAACGACCUAUAAAUUAAAACAGAAGGAAUAUAAUCUAUCAGAUUGUUACUCACCUAGCUAGCUGCUAAUGUAUGGUUGAGUUUUCCCCCAUUGCUGAAAAAUAAUGAAAUACUAAUGUUGCUGAGGUUUCUAUACGUAAUAUUAGUUUUGUGCUCUAUACAAGCAGAAGGUAGUGGAGGAUAUUGUUUUUUAUUCUUUAUGAUUUAGUGAUUACCAGAUUUACCCAAAGCAUAUAUUACUAUGUUCAGUAAAAUAUAUACAGUGGUGUAUUAUUCAAACAAUCUGAGCUACGAAAAAGAGAUUAGUAGUUAAAAUUAUUGUGUUUCAAACCUGUUUAUGUAAUUUCAAAAUUUAAAAGGUGAAACAUAAAAGUAGAUUGUUUUUUUAAGUAAAGAUUGUGUCAGUGAUGAGAAUAGGUAACUUGAAUUAAUGGGCCAAUGCAACAAGAAUAAGCUCAAUUUACUCUAGUGCUUUGAAUUGAUGUAUAAGGACAUGUUUGGGAUCUCUCAAGUCUCAACAAGUCCAAACCCUAAACUUCAUAUAUACCAGCUGUCAAAAGCAAAUCAACUGCAGCGGCUGUAUGGUCAUAUGGACAGCUGCCGACAUGCACCAUCAAUUAUAUUCUUCACUGGUCAAAUUAUAUACUCCCUCCGUUUCUUUUUAGUUGUCGUUUUUUAGUUGUCGCGGGAUAGUUCAAUUUUGCACUAUCCAGCGACAACUAAAACGAAACGGAGGGAGUAUGCCCCUGUUUGGUUGGGAUUCUGGGCGGAUUCUGGCCGCCAGAAGCUGAAGCCGCGGCCAAACGUCUAGCUUCUGGACCAGCUUUUGACGGUCGCGCUUCCCACAGAAGCCGCCCGCGUACAGGAAACGAAAAGCCGCCCGACCCACGCAUCCUCUGGAAGGCGGGCUAUUCGCGAUAGGGUUUCCACCGCGCUCGCGACUCAGCUCUCUCCCUCGACCGCCGCCGCCUCCUCCGCCGCAUCGGGUCGGGGACCUCGACCACACUCCCCUCUGCUCAUCUGCCGCAUUCGUCGUCUUCUCAGGGUUUUGCCUGCGCCGCCGCCAGUUCGUCUGCAAGGUUGGACUCCUCCCGUAUCCCAACUCCUCGUCUUCGCAGAUGUGUGACCCUGCUGCACACACAUAUGAUCAUGACAUGGAUGACAGAGAUGCACAAUUGCUUGUUGCCCUAUAUGCUGUAGACAUUUGGGGCAGGCCUUCCAGUGAGGUUUCUAGAAGAACAAUGGUUGAAACAGGUAUUCAAUGGGUUGAGCGAACUUUGGAGAAUAGUAACGACUGCUUUGACAUGUUUCGCAUGCGACGUACUGUUUUUAGACGAUUGCAUGAUACGUUGGUGGAAAGUUAUGGUCUGCUUCCAAGCCGUGGUGCAAGUACUAUGGAAGCUCUAGGUAUUUUCUUGUGGGCAUGUGGGGGUCCACAAUCAUUUAGGCAGAUAAGGAAUAAGUUUGGUCACUCCUUGGAAACUAUUAGUCGCAAGUAUAGUGAAGUACUUAAUGCACUACAUAAGAUGUCAGUUGACGUAAUCAAGCCCAAAGACCCAAAUUUCAUAGAGAUUCAUCCUCGUUUGCGAGAGGGGAGAUUUUGGCCCCACUUCAAGGAUUGCAUAGGAGCAAUUGAUGGUAGUCACUUUCCAGCGUCUGUCCCAGCCUCGGAGCAAGCCAAAUAUAUUGGUCGGCACGGUUACGCAUCGCAGAAUGUAAUGGCCGUUUGUGACUUCGAUAUGAGGUUCACAUUUGUUGUCACAGGUUGGCCAGGUUCAGUACAUGACACUAGAGUAUUACAAGAUACUUUGAUAACUUAUGCGGACUGGUUCCCCCAUCCACCGGAAGGUAAAUACUAUCUUGUGGAUUUAGGUUAUCCAAAUAGAAAGGGGUACCUUGCACCUUAUAAGGGUCAGAAGUACCACAUUUCUGAAUGGCAAAAUGCGAGGCAACCUAUUGGGAGCAAAGAAGUAUUCAACUAUGCACACUCGUCGCUACGCAAUGGUAUAGAGCGAUCUUUUGGUGUGCUUAAAAUGAAGUGGAGAAUUCUGUUAAGUCUCCCUUCAUUUUCGCUUAAGAAACAAUCCAAGAUAAUUAUUGCAUGUAUGACAUUGCAUAACUUCAUUAGAGACAGUGCUCUACACGAUAGAGACUUUGAUGAACUAGGACCUAAUAGCCUUGGUCAUGAUGUAUCUGUAGGUGAGAGUAGUAGUAACACAUCUGAUGAGUUAGACAUGAGUGCAUUUCGAGAUGGAAUUGCUAAUGCAUUAGUGUCGUAGUUAAAUAUGUAAAUGUAACGGUAGUUAUGUUGUAAUGAACUCCACUAAUUAUAUGUAAUGACCUUUUGUUGGUUCGGUGUUAA